AUGGAACUUUCAAAAAGUUCAAUAAAAGAUAAUGCUUCAAGCAUCAACAAUAAUAAUAUAAAUAAAAAUAUAAAUAAUAAUAUAAAUAAUAAAAACAACAAUAAUAUUAAUAAUAACAACAAUAACAUAGAUAAUAACAUAGAUAAUAAUAUAGAUAAUAACAUAGAUAAUAAUAAUAAUAAUUUAGAUAGUAAUGAAAAUCAGAAUCACAAUGAAAUAUUAAAUAAAAAACAAACAGUUAUUGUACCUAAAAUUAUAAAUUUUCAUAAUAUAAACAAUAUAAAUAACUCGAGUAAUAAUCUAAAUAGCCAAAGCAACAACAAUAACAAUAUUAAUAAUAAUUCAGAGUUCCCUGGAACUCCUAAAAAAAGAAGAUUUACAGAUUAUUUAGAAGAAGGUGAUGAUCAAUACAUUGAUGAUUAUGAAGAUGAUAACACAAACAAUAAUAAUGAUAUAAACAUUAGCCAGUCUAUACAGCCCCAUACUCCAACAUAUAAUAAUAAUAAUAAAUGUAAUUUUAGUCAUAAUUUAAAAACCAGUGGUAAUAUUAGUUUCAGCUCUACCAAUACAAUAUACAUAGAAAAAGAAUUAUCAAGCCCAAAAUUGGAAAAUACCAAUUUGGAUAGUACAUAUAAUGAAGAUAUAUAUAGAUCUCAUAGUUUUAGGUAUGACUACGAGAAAAAAGAAUCAACAAGUUAUUUACCUUUUUUAAAUAACCCUUUUCUACAUAAUUACACUUCUUCCUUAUCAGAUGACGACAGUAAUAUAAACAAGGAUUCAAAUCAUAGUAACCAUAACCAUUAUAAUAGCACCAAUAUCAACAACAAUAAUAAUAAUGAAAGUGAUUCAGACUCCGAAAUUGAUAAUGAAAUAUUUAAUUUUAAUAAAAAUUGUAAUAACAAUAACAAUAACAAUAACAAUAUAAAUCAUAAUAAAAAUAACAAUAACAAUAAUUCAAAUCCAACAUCACCUUGUAUAUUUUCAUCAUCAUUCUUACCUUCAAGGAAUUCAAUGUCACCUCGUUUAUUUAAAAGUUCCUACAAUAGUUUAAAUAGACCUUUAAAGAAAUUUAAUGAUGAAACUAAUAUAUAUAAUAGUACAUCAUCACCAUUUUUAAAUAAUAUUAAUUAUCAAAAUAAUAGUAUUAAUAAAAAUGUUUUUAGUAAUUACAACUUUAAUAAUAAUAAUAAUAAUAAUAAUAAUAAUAAUAAUAAUAAUAAUAAUAAUAAUAAUUUAAUCAAUAAUAAAGAAAUGAAAUUGUCAAUCGAUGAAGAAUUUAUUGAUGAAAAACAACAUUUUAUUGAAAGAGAAGAAAGUGAAAAAGAAGAAGAAGAGGAAGAGGAAAAGCUUAAAGAUAAUAAAGAUAAAGAUAUUAUGAUGGAUUUCUAUUCUAACACAUUAUCAAAGUUUUCAACUUUUAAAAUAUAUGAUGAGGAUGAACCAGAACUUUUAGAAUUAGAAAAUAAUAAUAAUAAUAAUAACAAUAAUAAUAAUAAUAAUAAUAAUAACAAUUAUAAUAGAUUUGAUAGAUUCCAAAGCAAUCCAUUCUCAAAAAAUAGAUCAACAAAUCCAAUAGCUGCACUUUUGGAAAAACAAAAAAUUAGAAAAGAUUAUAGCGAAAGUGAUAGCAGUAGCAGUAAUAGCGAUGAAGAAAAUAUAAACUAUAAGAUAAAGAAUCAGGUCAGAAAUACAAAUGAAGAAGAAUAUAACAACUAUGAAAAUGAAGAAGAUGAUAUCAGUAAUGAAGAUGAAAAUUCUUCUUGUAGCAAAUGGAAACCAAUAAAAAUAAUCAAUAGUCGUCCAAUCAACGGUGGUGAUAAUUUAAAUGUGAUUAAUGUUUUUAAAAAUAAAAUAGUUUAA